AUGUCUACUGUGAUCUCUGACUCGCUUUCCAAGAAGACGGCCGAUUUUUCGGUUUCUUCGGUUCUUCAUGAUACAGAUGCCUCCGACACUGACAUUCCACCCCUCGGAAAGCCUCAAAACGAGCGACGGUUCUGGUUUCAGCGAACAAGAAACUAUGAUCCAGAUGAGAUUGCUACACUUCCCUCUGUUUAUGACGACCCAGAUACUGCGAAGGAAUAUCAACCUCGGGCUGAUUGGGAGAAUCUCCAUCGAUUUGACCCUAAUGCACGAUGGACAUAUGGCGAGGAGUACAGUCUAAUUCGCAAGAUAGAUUUGAGAAUAAUGGUGUUUGCAUGUUUGAUGUUCAUGGCUUUGGAACUAGAUCGUUCCAAUCUGCAACAGGCUCUGACCGACAAUUUUCUCAAGGACCUGCACAUGAACACAAAUGAUUAUAAUCUUGGAAAUACGGUCUUCAAACUUUCAUUUCUCUGCGCUGAACUACCCUCUCAAUUGGUCAGUAAGUGGGUUGGCCCAGACAGAUGGAUCCCCACCCAGAUGGUUCUUUGGUCUGCGGUGGCCAUGGGCCAGUAUAGUCUCCGUGAUAGAACGGGAUUCCUUGUCUGUCGAGCGCUUCUCGGCAUCCUGCAAGGUGGAUUCAUUCCAGAUGUCGUUCUCUAUCUCUCUUACUUUUAUAAGCACCAUGAGUUAUCCCUGAGGCUGGGAUUCUUUUGGACUGCUAUGAGUUUAGCCGAUAUUCUUGCGGGUUUCCUCGCUUUUGGGCUUUUGCACUUACGCGGUGUACAAGGCCAAUCCGGUUGGCGAUGGCUGUUUCUGAUCGAGGGUCUCAUCACUCUCCUUGUCGGACUUUCUGCUUACAUUCUCAUGCCUGCCGGGCCCUGUCAAACUGCAAACUGGGCGCGCGGAAAGAAAGGCUGGUUUACACCUCGGGAGGAAACAAUCAUUGUUAACCGCGUGAUCCGCGACGACCCUAGCAAGGGUACUAUGCAUAAUCGGCAGCCAAUCACUCCGAAACUGCUUUGGAAGAGUCUCUGUGAUUUCGAUCUUUGGCCUCUUUACAUUAUUGGCCUGACUUUCGAGACACCCAUGAUGACACCUAAGCAAUAUCUGACUCUGACCUUGCGAAACAUGGGUUUCAAUACUUUUGUUUCAAACUUGCUUGCCAUCCCUAAUACGGUGCUUUCGAUGAUUCUCAUGCUUUCUAUCACAUAUCUAGCAGAGGUUACUGGGCAGUUGACUUGGGUGUCCAUUCUCGGCCAGAUAUGGACAUUGCCGUUCGUGGUGUACCUCUAUGUUGUGGAUACAACCACUGCAAACAGAUGGGUUGUUUGGGCGAUCGUCAGUCUGCUACUAGGUUUUCCAAACGCACAUGCAAUCCAAGUCGGUUGGAAUUCGCGUAAUUCCAACACUGUCCGAUCUCGGACUGUCUCGGCUGCCAUGUACAACAUGUGUGUCCAGGCAUCUGGAAUUAUUGCAUCGAACAUAUAUCGUGCCGAUGAUGCUCCGCGGUACCGACGAGGCAACCGAGCCCUUGUGGCUCUAGUUGUGACAAAUAUUUUUAUCUACUUGUUGGCGAAGGCAUACUAUGUUUGGCGCAAUAACAGCCGCGAUAAGAAAUGGAAUGCGAUGUCGCAACAGGAGAAAGUAAACUACUUGGCGACUACCAAGGAUGAGGGAAGCGGCCGACUGGAUUUCCGAUUUGCCCACUGA